UGGAUGAACAUCUGGUGUUUCACUGCCCAGAGAGAUCAACAAACCACCCCUCGUCUAAAUCCGUCCUGUCAAGCCCCAAAAACCUCCAUGACGUCUAUCGCGUAUAACAAAGCCUCCACGAGCACGCGACUGUCAAGCCCAGCGGCCGGUCUAGACUUUUUUAAGACCAUAAAUUUCAGCUAAAAAGCUGAAACCACGCCAUUUUGAAAUAAGAAAAAAAAUUAAAAGCGAAAAAGCGAGAAAGGUUCCCCCCUGCCUAAUUCCCGGUAGUGCAGACCCCCGCAGAACGGCGAUUUUCUGAUUAUUCAUCGCAGACAUAUUCAAUAUUCAACGACAGGCCACGAUGGGCGGCAUUGAUGCCUGGAUUUGCCAAUCGGGCAGCCCUGACACCGGCUGAGCUGGGCUUUUAUCAUGUACGAGAGGGCUUGAUGGAAGAUGUUUGGUUAAAGCCCUGGUCCCUGGAGCGCAAAAUGUGAGAUUUCAUAAUACGGGACGGGGAGGAAGUGUUCCGUUCAUAUAUAUAAGUAUCUGGGGUUGUUUGCUUUACAGAUCGACAGUGGCUUUCUUGCUAAAUUGUGACGGUAUUCAACGGUUUUUAACUUUCGGCAUUGGCGUCCAUCUUUACUUAUACGCCCUCACGACCUGAACGAUUUACGAACAGAGAUUCUUCCGUAUUCUUUUCUAACACCUUCUUUUCACUUUCGACCAUGCUUAUUGACAUCGUCAUCCAUGGAGACAUUCUAUGUCCGUGGUGUUUUCUCCAGAAAAAGACCCUCGAGGAAGCCAUGGAACGAUAUCAAGCACUCCACCCAGAAGUCGAAUUCGAUGUCACAUGGAAGCCCUUUCUUCUGUAUCCCACGCUACGAAGAAGUGACAAGCGUGCCCUCUAUGAAAAGCUCAUGUCCCCAGAGAAGCUUCGUCUCUUCACUUCUCGACUCCAAACAGCCGGUGCUCGUCACGGCAUCGAAUUCUCUGUGACUGGGAAGACAGGGCCUUCACAGCCUGCCCACCGACUUGUGGCCUUGACCCUUCAAACUCGUGGAGCAAAUGUCCAGUCUGCGUUUCUUGAUGCUCUGUUCCGUGGUCACUUUGAAAACGGGGCUGACAUUGCUGACGAAGCGUGGUUGAUGCACGUAGGCCGAACAGAGGCCAAACUCGAAGAUUCCGAUAUGAGAGCCGCGCUUCUGGGGCCGGGUCUGGGGAAGUCGCUCGAGGACGAGGUCAGAACUGCAGCCAUAGCGGGUGUGGAAGCCGUGCCUUGCGUUACGGUUCAGAAGAAGUUUCGGGUUGGAGGGUAUCAAGAGUCAGACAUCUUUGAGAGCUUGUUUGACAAGGUACGGCGAGAGAACAGGUAAAGACAAAUCAAUCUUGGGAUAAAGGGCAUGGCAAGCGAGGGAUACACAAUUGAGAUAUAGGGCUUGUCACGUACACGGCAAAAGGCGACAGGAGUUUUUGAUAUUGAACAAUGUUGUUGAUUGAAUAAUUUAAAACAUGCCGCUGCCUUGCUCCCUACGUCUACCCGACCAUGUCCGUCUCAUAAUGCCCUUUGUCUUUUUUGUUUGACCUUAAUCUCAAUGGGUUCCUUUAUCGCCAAACGCCAAAUAAAAAUCAAAUCAAAUCAAAUGAUUCGUCCCUUGAGUCUCAAGCUCAUCACCCUAACGCCCUGAAAUGAAAACAAUUAUGAUACACGCGUUCCCUAUCGUCGCAUGCCACUGUAGUCUUGCAUGAGAUGCGCCAUGUGCACGUUGGUUGCCUUGCCGAUCCUGUUGCCCUUGCGACGCUUCUGAGCCUUGGGCUUGUUGGCCUGUCCAUCCUUUGCCUUGCGGGGAUCUUCGCUUGUAGGCUUUUGUCCGACGCUCGUAAGCUUCCGGUGCAUCUCCUCGAGGGGUGGUAGUUGCACACGCUGCCACAUGCUCUGGAACUCUGGCUGGACCUUGUGGUGCAGCGACGGAUCAUUAGGCCAAACGUAGCGCGGGAUGUUAUCCUUUUUGGUGCGCACUACUAGGAUCCUGUGCUCGCGCUCGAGCGCUGAUAUUGUGUCUUCGCAGUCGGGCCAGCCGUCCUUGAGGUCCUUUACUGACACGCCUGAGGCGUCUGUCUUGGCUUGAAGAUGAGCGAGAAGGCUGGUUGCAUCCUUGACUCCAGGAAUGAUAGGUCGGUGGACAUAGGUACCAGUCUUCCAGGUCUGUUCGCUGAGGUUCGCAUCAGGCUUCCACUCUACACGGGGAUGGCCCCGUAGACCUUCCGCAAGUUGUCGCUUGUGCUCAUCGUCAAAAUUCCUCAAACUCAGAUGGUCGAUAAUAUCCGUGAUGGUCUUUGCGUCGCCCUUCUUUUUCAGGUAAUCGACAGCAUAGGUCAUCUGCGUCUUGACCCCAGCACCAUAGCCUGUGAGCUGCGGCUGAGAGUAGGGCACCUCAGGACCUGCAUCUCGUUUUCGCUUGGCAGUAGGAGUAUUUGGAUCGGAGGCUGCUGAAGGAGAUGGCGAGGGAGGAGCAAGCGAAGGGACGGCGAGAGAUGAAGCCUUGUUUGUUGAUGGAUUUGAGAUCUUUGUCGCGGCUGCUGAGAGGGUGCCCUUGAAAGCAUUUGCCUGCCUUUCGAGAUAGGACGACAUGAUUAUCUAGGAAAAAGAAUGUAUUCUCUGCGGAUCGGAGACGAAGAUCGAGAGGUCGCGCUUGUUUAUAGGGGAUUGGUGUCAAGGAGAGACGGCCAGGGCGGACAGCGAAGAACAAAGGAAUAAGGAAAAAAGAAGAUGGAGGUUGAGUGAAGUAAGCUUGAAGUUUGGAUUGACGUUGAUCCGGCGAGGCU